CAGUACCUCUAUUCGUUACUCUUGCAUCACUCACCCACCAUCUAUUGAAUGCAUUCGACCAGGCCCUAUACAACAUCGAAGACUUGUGAUCAAACUAUACCUGAAUAACAAGAUGUCUUCUGCACGAGAUCAAACCGCCAUCUAUCAGAACGUCAAAGAUCGCUAUACCGCCACCGCUCUCGCGCCCUCUCAGCCCGCCUAUGGCAAUGCCGUCGCGCAGGCCUUUGGCUACAGCGCAGAAGAACUCGCCUCCAUCCCAGCAGAUUCCAAUCUCGGUCUCAGCUGCGGAAACCCCCUCGCACUCGCAAACCUCCAACCCGGCGAGACCGUGGUCGAUCUCGGCAGCGGCGCCGGCUUCGACUGCUUUCUCGCUGCGAGAAAAGUCGGCGAGACGGGUCGCGUCAUUGGUGUCGACAUGAACGACGAUAUGCUCGACAAAGCGCGGCGGAACGCCACUAAAGCGCACAUAGAAAAUGUGUCCUUCCUUCACUCGCGGAUCACGGAUAUCAAUCUCUCUUCAGGAACGGUGGAUACCGUGAUUUCAAACUGCGUCAUCAAUCUUGUUCCGCAUGAUGAGAAGGGCGGUGUCUUUAGAGAGAUGUAUCGAUUGUUGAAGGUGGGGGGACGGUUGGCAAUUUCGGAUAUCUUGCUGAAGAAGGAUUUACCGGAGCAGAUGAAAAAUGAUGUUGCGCUGUAUGUGGGUUGUAUUGCGGGAGCUAGUAAGAAAGAAGAGUACGAGACCUGGCUGGGUCAGGCGGGAUUCAAAGAUGUGAUGGUGGUUGAUGCGGAGACGGAUCUAAAUGUGUAUACGCAGACUGAGGAUGGAGAGAAUGUUGGGAGUGUUUGCUGCGGACCUGUGGAAGACAAAACAAAGGAUGUGGGUUCUGCGUGUUGUAAAUCUUCUGAAACUGAGAAGAAAGUCUCAGCUACGGGUUGCUGUGGGUCGAGCAAGGUAGAUGGAGGUGUGGUGCAGGAUGUAAAGACAAGUUUCAGGAAUGUGGAUUUGAACGAGUGGGCGGCAUCUUACAAGAUCUUCGCCGUCAAAUCAGGAUAA